AUGCGUAUCCUUGUCUAUCUAUGUUAUCGAGGAUAUAGUAUAAAAGGAACAUUUUCUGCAUUAAAUAAAUCUGUAUCAUCAACAAAUUUUCUUCAAGAUAUUCUUGAAAAAGCAAUUCUCCGUUUUUGUCCUGCUCGACGACCAAAAAUAUUACUUUCAACAUAUACUGAAUGUAAUGUACAUUCAUUAUGUAAUACUGCUACAAUUGAUUUUGAAUUACCAGGUAAACAAAAAUUAGGUAUAGGUGAAUUAAAUAUUCCAUGGUUUAAAUUUAAUCUUAAUCGUAUACUUAUUGAAACAAAUCGUACAAUGCGUAUACUUGAUGCACGUUUUGUUCAUGAUGCAUUUGAACCAAAAUUAGCUGCUAUACAUCGUACAUAUCUAUAUCGAUUUAUUACUGAUCCAUCAAUAACAGUUAUAGAACAACCAUUAAGUACUUAUUUAUCAACACCAAUAUCUUUAUCUUUACUUCAUUCAGCUAUAUCACUUAUUCAUAAUCGUUUAAUUGAUUAUUCAUCAUUUACAUUACCUGAAGCUCGUCAUCUUUUAAAAGAUACUCAUCGUAUUGUUGAUAUAAAAUUAUCGGAACCAUCAAGUUUAUUCUCAAAUUUAAAAUCAAAAUCUUCAACUAAUUUUUGUUUACAAUUAACAUGUACAAAUUUUCUUUAUCAAAUGGUACGACGUUUAACAACUGAACUUAUUUAUGUAGCACAAGGAAAAUUAACACUUAAACAAUUUGAAGAAAAAUUAUAUUCAUCAAAAUCUUUGAAUAAUAAUAAUAAUAAUAAACUUCUUGAUAUAAAUGGACUUUAUUUACAAAAUGUUAUGUAUGAUGAACAAGAUUUUCAACGUUAUGUUACCUAUACAACAGCAUUAACAACAAAGAAAAAUACCAUGUAUCCAUUAGCUCCUAUAAUAACUGGAGAAGAAUGA